AACGGGAAUGGGCUGAUGGAUAAUCCCAAGUCCUAUGCCGCAGUCGCGAAUGCCAGCACCUCAGCAAAAGUGAGGAUAACCAUAGCUUAGAACAAAGCUUUGAAGACGAUGCCCUCACUCCCUAAGGUGAAAUCAAACACCCAAAACGCAGAACUAAAGCUCGUCCUAUAUGAAAUAGCGCAGCUUGAGCAACUGGUCAAAGAGUGGAAGUGUUCACAGAAGCCAACAUCACCGGGACGAAACAAGUGGCCUGCUCGCAACCGCUGCGUGAUAAUCACAAACGUCCUAGAAUCCAACAAUGAGACUUCAGCUGAAAGGUUACUCGACGACCAAGCCUUCCUUAGACAAAUGAUCUCCAUAUUGUUUGAUAAGAGUGAACAAGUAAUAAACCUAAUCUCUGCUUUUUGCCUUGGCAGAAAACAAGAGGACCUAGCCAAGUUUCGUCUUCUGAAAAUCGUCUGUCAGGCUGAAGAAAAAUGGCAGCCCAUCUGGGGAUGGAUCCCGCGCCUCAAAGGUGAAACCUCCUGCGUUCUGAAAGACUUCUCCUCAAAGAGCCAAGUCCGAAUGAGGCAAGCUGUCUACGAGCUGCGAAUCCGACGAGCAAAUGGAGAAACAGAUCUAUACAUAGUUGUUUUUCGCAUAGUAAGAAAAACUCGGAGA